AUGGUACUUCGUAUUCCUCAAUCAUGGCCGACUCGCUCUCUGCGCAUUUGGUCUGUAUUUCUCGCAUCCGGCCUCUUCCAUGUUGCGAUCGAUAUUUCAUCUGGAAUCGAUGCAAAACACUCUGGGGCUAUCCCCUUCUUUCUUAUACAACCAGUAGGACUCAUGGUCGAGGAUCUCAUAAUCAAGAUCGCGAUCUCUCUUGGACGUAAUCCUGACCACACGCCGUCGAUUACAGAACGGUGCAUUGGUGCGGUUUGGUUCGGGUUGUGGAUGGCAUGGACGGCACCAGCAUACUUGUAUCCAGUCUUGAACUCAAAGGGUCCAGAUGAUGCUGGAGUGGUGCCUAUCAGUAUCAUCAGGCUGUUGGGUAACCUAGUGGCUGGAAAGUGA